GCUGCCGCUGGUCGGAUACAGCGAGCCACCGUCCAGAAAUGGUGUAGAAUAUCAGGAAAAACGGCGAGGGAGCGCUGCCAGAAAGAGGAGCGAGGCUACGAGACUUUCGACAACGGCACAGGAGAGCCAUUCAGAAGAGCAGGGGGUCAAAGGUCAGAAGAGCAGAGGGCACCAUGGAGAGUGAGCCGGGGGCCCCUGCCUCCACGGCCAGCAGCACCGGGACCACCACCUCCACCACCAGCUCCUCCAGCACCACAGCUGCCAGCAGCAGCACUAGUAGUACCUCUAACACUACUGCUACUACUUCUACCACUUCCACUAGCAGCAGUAAUGGCAGUAGCAGCAGUAGCAGUAAUAACACUAUCAGUGGUUCCAGUAGUAGUUCUACAACAGGAAGACAGGCAGUGCCUCAGAUAUCUGUUUACAGUGGAAUACCAGACCGACAAACAGUGCAGGUGUUCCAGCAGGCACUACACAGACAGCCUAACACGGCAGCGCAGUACCUGCAGCAGAUGUACGCUGCUCAGCAGCAGCAUCUGAUGUUGCAAACUGCAGCCCUCCAGCAGCAGCACAGUCUCAGCACCGCUCAGCUCCAGAGCCUGGCUGCUGUACAGCAGGCCAGUAUCGCUGCUGGACGGCAAAGCUCCUCACAGAAUGGCACUUCAUCUCAGCAGACAGGAUCGACUCAGGCUACGAUUAACCUGACCACCUCCCCAGCAGCGGCUCAGCUGAUCAGCAGGGCCCAAAGCAUUAGUUCCACUCCCACUAGUAUUUCCCAGCAGGCUGUUCUACUGGGCAGCCCAUCCAGCCCCACUCUCACGGCCAGCCAGGCACAGAUGUACCUGCGUGCACAGAUGGCCCAGCAGAGUAACCUGGUGCAAGUGGCCAGGAGCCUGGGCCGGGCUGUUCCCCUGUCCCCUCAGCUCAUCUUCACUCCAACAGCCACAGUGACUGCUGUCCAGUCGGAGAGCUCCACACAGGCCUCCUCACAGAAUCAGGUCCAGAACCUGGCCAUACGUGGCCAGCAGGGGGCGACCACAUCUUCCUCUCAGGCUCAGACCCUGCAGGCUCUCAGUCUGAAGCAGAGCCCUGUGCCUAUCCAGCCAACGUCAUUGAUCAAGAAUCCCAGCCAGGGGACGCAGGGCACCACAGGAGGGAAGGCCAGCACCUCCGACAGCUCCUCUGAUGGAGGGAAGAAGGGAGAUGGUGCAGCAGUCACAGAAGUCCGAGCUAUAAACAUGAGCCGCAGUGUUACGGCCGUCAGUGCUCAGCCUCUCCUUGCUCCAGCGUACACCCAGAUUCAGCCGCACUCCCUGGUUCAGCAACACAAGCAGCAGCAACAGCAGCAGCAGUUUGUGGUCCAUCAGGGUCAAGGUUCCCAGAAGACUCCGGGCCAGCUGCUGCAAACAGCCUCCAUUCAGCCUUCACAGCACCCUGUCCCCGUGCUGCCCAAACCUGCUCCACACCACCCCUCUACACCCAGCCAACAGGCCACCAUCUUCCACUCCACCAUCAGCCCCCAUGCCCUCCACUCCUCCCUCAGCCAUGCCAAAACUCAGCCCGUCCAGCUUACGGCUAUCAACCUUCAAAUACAGCCAACGGCCUCUCGACUGGUUCAGGACAGUAAAGAUAAACCAACCUCACUUGUGGUGAGGGAAACAUGUCCGACCCCCUCCUCACAGCAGCAGCAGCAGCAGAAGCAGCAGCAGCAGCAGCAACAACAGCAACAACAGCAACAACAACAACAACAGCAACAACAGCAGCAGCAGCAGCAGCAGCCUGCACCUUUGCCAUCACAACCCACCAAGUCUGUAGAACAGCCCAAGGUCGACCCAGCUACACCAGCUGUUCAGCCACAAGGAGGGGGCUCAACCAAGAAGCAGAGUGCUGCACCUGGGACUCCACCUCCAGCCAUGACCUCAGGAAAUGAGAGCGAGGCGCCCAGCGUGACGGGCAGCGCGCCGCAGAACGGGGAGAACAAACCGCCCCAGGCCAUUGUCAAGCCCCAGGUCCUCACACAUGUCAUCGAAGGCUUUGUCAUCCAGGAGGGAGCCGAGCCGUUCCCGGUCUGUGUGGAGCGUCUGCCCAUUCUUAUCGACAGCCCGAAGAAGCUGGAUCAUCAGCUCUCCUCAGACCCUGACAAAACCCCGGUCAGCAACGCAGCAAACACCGACUCCGAGCCGGAGGACAUGAACCAGCCUGAAAAAGAAGAAGAACCGAAGCUGACAUGUGAAUACUGCGGCUGGGUCGACUUUGCCUACACCUUCAAGGGCUCUAAAAGAUUCUGCUCCAUGGUUUGUGCAAAGAGGUACAAUGUGGGCUGUACCAAGCGGAUAGGCCUUUUCCGUCCAGAGAGGAGUAAACCAACGAAUCGCUGGCGUAGAAGAUCUCAGGGUCGUUCCAGUAUAGAGGCUAAGAAGCAGAAGCUGUCCCCCUCACCACAGCAGACUCAGGGCGGUUCUGUUUCCUCACCACAUCCCUCACAGCCCAGUCAGGAGGAGUCCAGCCCGUGUUCGGACAUGUCCAGCUACGAGGAGCCGCCGUCUCCCCUGUCAGCAGCCAGCUCAGGACCCCUGGCUCCUGCCCCGGCCCCAGCUCAGGUCCACAGACAGCCGAGCAGGGCCUCGGACCAAGAGGGCUGUGCCGGGAGAGAUGCACCUUCGCUCUGUCAGCGCUUCUUACCCAACGACCCUGCAAAGUGGAACGUGGAGGAAGUUUAUGAGUUCAUCCGUUCACUGCCAGGUUGUCAGGAGAUAGCAGACGAGUUUCGGUCUCAGGAGAUAGAUGGACAGGCCUUGCUCCUGUUAAAGGAGGACCACCUCAUGAGCACCAUGAACAUUAAGCUGGGGCCUGCGCUCAAGAUCUUUGCACGCAUCAACAUGCUUAAAGACUCAUAGCAGGAAAGUGUUUGCGUGCAUGGAUCUGAGUGCAUCUGUGUUUGUAUGUUUUGUGUGAGUGUAUGUGUGAGAGAGAGAGGGAGAGGGGAGCAGCGAGUGAAACCUUAGCACAGGGCAAAGGAUGCGUCAUUGUAGCACUGACAGCACAGAGUACUGACUGCACUAUGACCUCGCCUUCACGCCACUACUGGACUGGUUCCUUUGAUACAGGAUCUCACUCUGGCUGGACUCGACCCCACAAACUGCUCAUGCUCACCUGCGCCAGCUCAGCAACCAUGUGACUAUUGAAACUUUGGCUACUGGAACUGAUGGUGGAUUCACCAGUGGCGGCAUGAGCACUUGAAUUGUACUGGCCUGCAGUGUGAGAUGGAAGCUGUUAACAUGCACUCACAGGAGUUAAGCAGUUGUUUGCUAGUUAGAAACAAUGUUCAGGAGCCACAGUGAGAGCGGUGCCAAAAUUCCAAAAUGUGGAAUCUCUCAUUAAAUGACAGAGAAUAUAAUUGAUCGAUGUGGUAGAACAGCUAGUUUUCACGUAUGCGAGCUGUAUCUGUUUAUCUGAUCUGGAAAAGAAACACGUUGCAGACGCAGGUGCAAAUGAAUACAGAACGCGUUGCAGCCGCACUGCUAUCAGUUCCACCAGACUUGGUUUUGAGGUGGUCUGGCUCACGCUGUGAUCAGAUUUCAAUCAAAUGCCAAACAGAGAGAGAGAUGGGGUACAACGUGCAACAAAGGUCGUUCCGGUUUAUGGUCAGCACCUUAAGCCCAGAGGCCACCAGGGUUCCCCUGGUCUGGGCGCAAAAACGCAAGGUGAACGAUCACAUAACUAAGUAUUUUCUGGCUCUCUCAAGCCUGUCACAAAGCUACGACUCCUUCCUCUGCAAAGGGAAAGUAAGUAGAGCUCAUAUAACAGCAUUGCUUUCACAUGCUGUGCUCUGUACCUGUUUUGGAUCUGAUCAUAAUAAAAGCGGAAUUAACAUAACAAGGGCAUUCAUUAAUACCAGGUGUGGAUGCAGGGGGCAGCAAGAGGCCUUUAUCAAAUGUCAUUAACAUCGAAACACAGAUUCCAUGAUAACAGCAGGUGUAAAUGGGGCAGUUCAAUUCAGUGGAGUUAAAAAAAAAAAAAAGGCUGAAAGAACGAGCAGUGCCAGAGUGCACUCCCUGUUCAGCUGUGUCUGGACUGGGUCAUGCUGCAACACAGUCAUUGCUGAAUUGAGGCAUUGAGACGCACAUGAGUGAAGUCUGAAUUUAUUAUUAUUAUAUUAUUAGACAUGUUAUUUGUACAGUUUUGUUAGCGUGUGAAUGAGGGAGAAAUGGCUGUGUGUGUGUGUGUGGCUGGGAACAGAAGAUUGCAUUCAUUAAUUUGCUCAUUUUUAUUCAGUAGAUGCUCCUUUGCCUUUUCUCACAAUAAGACUCUCGCCGCUCUCGAAUACAAUGCCAGAAUGCAGAGAAACCGUUUAAGCAGCUUCUUUUGUGACAUUGAUUUUCCUUUCAUGAGGACCUUGCCAGUUUUCCCCGUAGAUUUAAACUGCUUACAAAUGAUUUUUUUUUUUUUUGCUGCUUUUUCAAAAUGAUUUACUAAAAUAUGACAUCGAUUUCUUGUCUCUGUUUCAUAGGACACUAAGUUUUCCAAGGAACAAUUUGAGCCCUGCUUUUGGCACUUAUUUUCUUUUCUUUUUUUUAAAUUUGCUUUAUAUGAGGCACCUAAAGUGAGAGUGGCAUUGGUGCAGUAAUUCAAACAAGUUUAUAUGUACAUAGCAGCUCAAGUGAGGAAAGAGACUGUAAUGAAGUGUGAAACUUUGUCUUUUUUUUUCUUUGUAAGUUAUCCUUGUUAUUUUAAAACAGAAAUUUAAUGGUGUUCAAUAUUUAGAAAUAUGCAAAUAUAUAAAUAUCAUGGCCUGGGAGUUGUUUUUUUAAUGUUUUUUUUUUCUAAUGAAAUUAUGAUCAUAUCUAUUUGUGUUUUGUGGCUGUGAUGGAAGGUGAACUUUUUUAGAUAAUGCUUUGUUAAAUGCUUGUAUUUAUCAAAAACAGUUUGUUACACAACAUUUUGCAAUUAUAAAUAAUUUGCAGUA